GAUUGUGCGCUUGCAUUCACCACUGCACGCGGCUGCUCGUUUGUGCUCGACUGCUAACUACUUGGAGCGUCGACCCGCGCCCGGCGCCAAACCACUUGCUCUCGACCCAGCUACCGCACUCUUGCUUCUCCCUCCCACGCACUCGCCUUCCGCGGUUCGCAUCUGCACCGCUCGCUCGCUCGCUCGCCCGCCAAACACCGCCGCCACGGCUGGCUCCUGCUGCUAGCCUGAGACACUGCGCUGCUCUCGGUACGUACACUGCACUCUCUGCCUUGCCUUGCCUUGCCUUGCUCCCACCACAAGCGGUCAGCGGACUGUUCGUCGCUAUCCGGCUCGUGACCAUCCACCACCUUCACUCGCUUGCACAUCAGCCCUCGAGCAGCCCUCUUCACGCCCGCACGAGCACGUCUUGCUUAGAGACUCUGCUUGCUUGCUUGCACCGCACGACGACGUUUGGAAAAAGGCGUGCUCGCGAGGCUGCCUUCUGCAGAUCUGCUCCCGCCGCCCGAUUGACGUCCUGUCUGCCUCCUCAGCCAGGCUCGCCCCGCAAAGUCCCACCUCCACUUCGACCGCUCCCCGCUCGCUCUCGGUAGAAAUACUGAGCAGCGCCGACCGUCGACCCUCGCAAAACCUUGCAAACCCCUCUUCGGAGGUCAUAAAUCAACAUGACGACAAUGGAUCUCCGCGUGGGGAACAAAUACAGAAUCGGUCGCAAGAUCGGUAGCGGCUCGUUCGGUGACAUCUACCUGGGCACCAAUAUCAUUUCCGGCGAAGAGAUUGCCAUCAAGCUCGAGUCGGUCAAGGCGAAGCACCCACAGUUGGAAUACGAAGCUCGCGUGUACAAGUCGUUGGCGGGUGGUGUUGGUAUUCCGUUUGUGAGAUGGUUCGGCACGGAAUGCGACUACAACGCCAUGGUCCUCGAUCUCCUCGGACCUUCUCUCGAGGAUCUCUUCAACUUCUGCAACCGCAAGUUCUCCCUCAAGACCGUCCUCCUCCUCGCCGAUCAGCUCAUCUCCCGCAUCGAGUACAUCCACGCAAAGAGCUUCAUCCACCGCGAUAUCAAGCCCGACAACUUCCUCAUGGGCAUCGGCAAGCGCGGCAACCAGGUCAACGUGAUCGAUUUUGGUCUGGCCAAGAAGUACCGUGACCCCAAGACGCACUUCCACAUCCCAUACAGAGAGAACAAGAACCUGACUGGUACCGCUCGUUAUGCCUCGAUCAACACCCACCUGGGUGUCGAGCAAUCUCGUCGCGAUGACAUGGAAUCUCUCGGCUACGUCAUGCUGUACUUCUGCCGCGGAUCGCUCCCAUGGCAAGGCCUGAAGGCGGCAACCAAGAAGCAGAAGUACGACCGCAUUAUGGAAAAGAAGAUGACCACUCCGACUGAGGUCCUGUGCCGUGGCUUCCCCAACGAGUUCGCCAUCUACCUCAACUACACCCGCAGCCUGCGUUUCGACGACAAGCCCGACUACUCCUACCUCCGCAAGAUCUUCCGCGAUCUUUUUGUCCGCGAAGGCUUCCAGUACGACUAUGUGUUCGACUGGACUGUGUACAAGUACCAGAAGAACGCUCAGGCUAUCGCUCAGGCCCAGGGCAACCAGAACGCGGCCGACGAAGCUGAGGAGAAGCCGGGCCGUAGGACUGGAGCUGCCACUCGUGGUACUACCGGCCAGCUCUCCAAGGACCGCACUGGUGCUGUUCCGCAGAGAGAGGGUUCCGGAAUGCAACUUCGCAGUGCAAACAAGCGUGGCGCUGCUGAUCAGCCCUACACUGGUUACUGAAUGACGGACAGGCUCUCGGCGGGGCUGCCACUCACUCUCAUCUCACGGACAUCGUAGCAGGCAUUGAGCAAGCAACGUUUGUCUAUGCUUUGGAUCUGGACCACGGACUGGACCUGGCAACACUUUCUUAUCGGUAUCUGGCACUAGUACACGGCUGUUUGAUCGUUUCGCUUCUCGCAUGGCUCAGCACAAGACAGGACGAUGCUUUGCGCAAUCGAUCGUGUUUUGAAACAUGCAGCCUUGGAGAAGCGAAGACGAAUGACUUGCAAUAUUUCAACUUGCAGCAACACACAGUCUUCUGGCAGUGUCACUCGGCAGGGUUUUUGGCGAUCCUCUUCAACAUGAAGCGACCAAGCUGGACUCUCCUGCAGGCGUGGAGCCACCGAUAAUCACCCUUUUCCUAUCUUACGAAUCGACCCGACUUCCCAUUUGGACGAUAAAAAACGACAAAAAUAAACUUAUUACACGAUUUCCUUUGGCGUUUCUUUCUGGACUCUUUGGACUUCACCUGCUCCGUAUGUCUUCCUAUAGUUUUUUGGUUUUCCGCGCGACGAGCGGAGGAGAUAAUGGCUUCGAGAUUGUAAAGGGUACGCGAGGGGAGGUUUUUGUGCGUACGAACAUUAGGGGACGAGGGGUUCUCUUUUCUAUGCGAAGCGUCGCCAGGAGGGCAGCGCGUUGGGCUUUUCACGGGCCCGGCGGAGCAUGUUGCAAGGAGAGGCGUGUGAGCAUGGAAUAGGGGAGUGCUGCGGCGAGAGUUGGUUUCCCUGAUUUUGGCUGAGCACGGUGUUUGUUCUUGAUUUUGUGCUGCGUUCUGCGUGCUGGAUAGUGUGGUAAUACAAUUGUGUUGCCGCCAUUCUCG